AUGCAAGGCUCCGAAGAAUGGCAUGAUGUUGCACGUGCCCAUCCAAUUGGAGGCAUUGUUGGAAGCAGUGGUGUUGGUAGUAACUUUAUUGUAGGCAAAGCUCUAAUCAGCACCUACGUGAGGUUUCUGAACGAGACGUCACUGUCCGGGUGUUGGACGCUCAAGCCGAUUCCCAAUGAGGAGAAGGAGCUAGCCCACCUCUACGAGCGCCACGACUUCCCUUACCCGGGCGACACGGAGGCGGUGGAGGAGUUCAUUGCGAAGGGUGGGAUGAUCGGGACCAGCAUCGGGCCGAAAGAGAUCAUCGAGACGGAUAGAGAUUCGUACAAUUUCCAGAAGGAUUUGCAGGACAAGAAGCUGGAUCAAGAGGCUAUGAAGCUGUGGGUUAGGAUGAGGAGAAUGAGGUUGUGA